AUGGAAAACGAGCCUAAUAGUCCAACAGUAGUUAGCAACGGUCUGCCCGGCAUCCAAGCCCUCCUCAGUCCUUCGAGCCAGCUUCCAAGGUUGGAUGAAGACCAGCUUAAGUGCCUAGAGUCCAACUUCCAGAAAAAUCGUAAUCCUUCUGAUCUUGACAUCGCCAUCAUUGCGGCUGAAGUUGGAUUGGAAGAAACACCGGUCAGG